AUGCCCGGGAAGAAGUUUUUGAGUAGCAGUCAGCCUGAAGACAAAGUUGUGGCUGACGACUUCCCAAUUUUUGGUGGAGAUUCAGAGCAGCGGAGCGAGCAGCGCAACUCGUUUGCCUCUUGGACAGACUAUGCCUCACAAGAUCCCAGGAUUGCACCAAACCGUCUCUCUCAUGAGCUCAGCAACAAAUAUGUGGAUAAUUUUUUGUUAGAGGUGAAAGAUGCGCCAUGGACCUUUCGCCGCUUAAUCCGCGAGUCGCGCGGGGAUCCUGAAGAGAUCAGUGAUAUGUUGUUGAGAGUCUUUGGGUGCACUGCAUCAUGGCCAACGCUGAGUGGAAGUCCCUCAGCAGACCUGUAA